CAGCUGUUCACGGACAGAGGCUGAUUACAGAUGUUCCAGUCAUGUGAUCUAUUACGACAGAAAGCUGAGAUUCAGAUUUGCUCGUUGCAGCGCUGCAGUCCACCUGCUUCGCUCCGAGCAGACGCAUCACUCGCUCUUCUACCUGGAAUACGUGGGCGUGGCCGUCUACCAGUACGGCUGUGCUCUGGCCCUGUGUCUCUACAGCUCUGACACCGCCUGGACGCAAAGCAUGCUGGGACAGAUCUUCCUCCCAGUCGCCGCUGUAGCCUCCUGGCUCUCCUGCGUCAUCUGCUGCUACGCUGAACUUCAUUUCCAUCGACCGUACCCGCGGCUCAGGAGGAUCUGCCAGGUGGUCCCGAUGGGCGUGGCCUACCUUCUGGUCAUCAACCCUGUCACCCACCAUCUCGCCAGCCACAGCUGGAUGAACACCUCCACACCUCAUCUUCACUUCCUGCAGGUGGCGCUACUUCUGCUCUCUGUCUUCUUUUUCUCCUGCCCUGUACCUGAGUGCUUCUCCCCCGGCCGCUACGACAUCAUCGGCCACAGCCACCAGCUCUUCCACGUCCUCUUGUCUUUCUGCACGCUUGUCCAGCAGGAGGCGCUGUUCGACGACUUCCUGUGGCGGCGGCAGGUGCUAAUCAGAGAGUUCGGAGAAGAGCGCCUCCUGCUGGCCUGCGCCUCCUUCCUCGGCCUGACGCUCUGCUGUGUGAUGACGGCGCUCGCCAUGAAGAGAACUCAUGUCCAGCUACUAAAAGAGGGACGAUAGAAGAAGAAGAAGAACUUCAGACGGGAUUAAUUCAUCUUGAUCUAGAAGCCGGAAGGUUUGAGUUUGAGUUUGAGUUUGAGUUUGAGUUUGAAUGUUCCCUGAGUUCGUGCUCCAGCUUCUUCUCACAGUCAACACAUGCAGGUUGUUUGGUCGUUCGUCUCUGAUCAGCCGGACAGAGACAAAGAAAAAGACAGAGAGUCAAGAUCUGCUCCCUCGAGAACAUUCUUCAUUAGCUUUACUUCCUGUCAGUGUGUUUUCUGUAGUUCCGUGUACACCUCUGUGUAUUUAUACCUUUAUGUUUCCACCCUUCAGUGCUUCCUGUGUUUUAACAGCUCACAGGUGAUUGGUUCGCUCCUGACGAAGAACUCAGGUGACACCGAUAGAUGAUUGUCCAGCUUGAAGUUUCACGGAGGCUGCUCAUUGGCUCCAGACGUUCUGGGGUCCAAAGUUUUAUUUUAUAUUUACGUGGAUCUAAAAAUAAGUCUAACAAACAUCUGCACAGGAAACUGAGAAAAAAAAAAAAAGUUCCUCUUUGAGCUGAAGCGUAGACGCAGUUAUCUCUCUCUCCCAGUUCUCUACCGGCCUCGCUCGGCCAGUCAAGCGGUAAGCGACAGUUGAAGUGUUCGGGCGGAGCCGCAGAUAAAGUGUGAGUUUCAGUUUGAGGUGGACUUUAAUAAGAACAGCAUUGUGUACUAUACUGUGUGUACUAUACUGUGUGUACUAUACUGUGUGUACUAUACUGUGUACUGACAGAAAAAACUAUCCGCACACACAGACUUCGACAAAUAAAUCUUCUUCCUUCAUGUUCUGUAAUCCAACAUCAUGUCACAGUUUUCAUCACGCAGUCUGUU